CAUUCACCGAAAAUGCUCUGCCCGUUUCAGUUUCAAUACCAAGGUCAUGUCUAACAUGAAAAAUUACGUAGAAAUCCAGGUCAACCCCUGCAGCUAUACGCUUCAGUUCCUGUAUUCAAUACCGUAUAAAAACCAACGAGUGCAUCAAAUUACACACCAAUUGUAACCGGUCAGUCUCUUUAUUAGCAACACAGACCAUUUCGACAAUGUUCAAACUGGUGGUGUUGUGCGCCCUUGUGGCCGUAGCUGUGGCUAAACCAGGUGGUGUCGCACAUGUGGCUUACUCCGCGUAUCCUGUGUCAGUGUCUUCGGGAGUUAGUCACACGUACAGGAAGGACGUCAUCAGCCAGCCUGUGGUGGUGGCCCCAGUGCACACUGUCCAUGCUGCUCCAGCUGUCCAUGCAUACCAUCACACCCCUGUAGUCGCUGUGGCUGCUCCAGCUGUCAGUCAUUCCUAUAGGAAGGAUGUGAUCCACUCCAGCCCCGUUGUGUCUGUUCACACAGUUCCAGUUCUGGUCGCAGCUCAUGGAUACCAUGGUAACGGUCACCACGAAUGGUAAAGAGAGGACCUGGUGCAGUUGUGGAUGUCAUUUUGUAAAUAAUCUGUGUAUGUAUUUUUUGUAAGAGAAAAUAAAAGUUGUUUCUUC